AUGGCUGGCGGCGGUUUUGGCCCUGGUCCCGGCACCGGAAAAGAAUAUCCCGGCAACUUAACCCCUUAUGUCUUAAUCACCUGCGUUAUUGCUGCCAUGGGCGGCCUCAUUUUCGGCUACGAUAUCGGAAUUUCAGGCGGGGUGACGUCGAUGGACUCGUUUCUCGAGAGGUUUUUCCCGUCGGUUUAUCGGAAGCAACGGGCGGACGACUCGACGAAUCAGUACUGCAAAUUCGACAGCGAGACGCUGACGAUGUUCACUUCGUCGCUCUACUUGGCGGCUCUCGUCUCGUCGCUGGUGGCAUCGACGGUGACGAGGCGGCUGGGCCGGAAGCUGUCGAUGCUAUUUGGCGGUGUGUUGUUUUGUGCCGGCGCGUUGAUCAACGGGUUCGCGCGUGGGGUGUGGAUGCUCAUUCUCGGCCGUAUUCUAUUGGGUUUUGGGAUUGGGUUCGCCAAUCAGUCUGUGCCUUUGUACCUAUCCGAAAUGGCCCCUUACAAGUACCGUGGGGCCCUCAACAUCGGCUUCCAACUGUCAAUCACAAUCGGCAUCCUCGCCGCCAAUGUCCUCAACUACGGCUUUGCCAAAAUCCGUGGCGGCUGGGGCUGGCGCCUUAGCCUCGGUGGCGCGGUUGUCCCGGCCCUCAUCAUCACCGUCGGCUCCCUCGUCCUCCCUGAGACCCCCAACUCCAUGAUUGAGCGCGGCCAGCACGACGCUGCACGGUCGAGGCUCCGGCGUAUCCGCGGCGUCUCGGAAGUCGACGAGGAAUUCGACGACCUCGUCGCCGCCAGCGAGGAGUCGAGAAAAGUCGAGCACCCGUGGCGGAACCUUCUUCAAAAGAAGUACCGACCCCACCUCACGAUGGCCGUGGCCAUCCCGUUUUUCCAGCAGCUGACAGGGAUCAACGUAAUCAUGUUUUACGCGCCCGUGUUGUUCAAGACGAUUGGGUUCGGUGGUGAUGCCGCGCUGAUGUCGGCCGUGAUCACAGGAGGAGUCAACGUGCUGGCGACCGUCGUGUCUAUCUACGGCGUCGACAAGUGGGGGAGGAGGUUUCUGUUCCUCGAGGGCGGGAUCCAGAUGCUCAUCUGUCAGAUAGUGGUGGCGAUAUGCAUAGCCGUGAAGUUCGGGGUGGACGGAGAGCCGGGGGAGCUGCCCAAGUGGUAUGCCAUUGUGGUGGUCCUUUUCAUCUGCAUCUACGUGGCCGGCUUCGCGUGGUCGUGGGGACCCCUCGGGUGGUUGGUCCCGAGCGAGAUAUUCCCACUCGAGAUACGGUCGGCGGCUCAGAGCCUGAACGUGUCGGUCAACAUGGUGUUCACGUUUGCGGUGGCCCAGGUGUUCUUGACCAUGCUCUGUCAUCUAAAGUUCGGGCUCUUCCUAUUCUUCGCAUUUUGGGUGUGUGUGAUGACUGUGUUCAUAUACGUAUUCUUGCCCGAGACAAAGAAUAUUCCGAUUGAGGAGAUGGUGGUCGUGUGGCGGAAGCACUGGUUCUGGUCGAGGUUCGUUGGGGGUGAGGUUGAUGGCUAUGCAAAUGGCAACGGCAAGAGCUCACUUGAGAUGAAGAAGGGGGUUGUAUGA